UCUCUCAUGUUCAAAAAUACAAAGGUGAGUGCUCACUCCGUCUCCCCCAUCCUAGGGUUUCAAUUCUGAACUUAUCAUGAUAGGCAUUGGCGAUGGAAUUCAGAGCUCGGAAUUGAUGGAUCCUCUUCAAAAGUUGUCUGGUCUCUCGCUUUUCCCCCGGACGUUUACGGAUUUAAAGAAGAAGAACGUCUCCAAUUCCAGCAAAUCCGAUGCCCUCGAAUUUAUCCACGACUCCAUGAAAUCGAAGGACUGUAGAAGUCCCAACAAGCUAUCAGAGCAGGCAAAUACGAUUAUAGAUGAAGUAUCGGAGCUUCUAGAUACAAACUUCGCCAGUUUAGUUACUAACGAGAAGCCGAGUGACACGAUCCGUGAGAUGAGAAAGGGGAAUCCAGAAGAAAGAAGGCCUGCACUGGGGCGUAAACGGCCUCGUUUCUCUAUGAAACCACAAUCGAGUCAGCCAGAUGCAAGUCUGGAACCAAGUCUGGACAUUGAUAAACUGGAAGACCCGGAAGAAUUUUUAAUGGCAUAUGAAAAGCUAGAAAAUGCUAGAAUGGAACUAAAGAGGCUGAAGGGUUCCGAUCUAUCUACGUUAGACGAGCAUAGUCCUAUCAGAGCUGAAGAGCGCCGUCGACCUGGAUUAUUAGGGAAGGCAGCACACUACAAGCAUCACACUUAUGAAAAAGAUGAUAAGAUUGUGGUUUCACAAGAGACAUCAGAACAGGAAAUUAUGAACUCAAAUCAUUGUUCACCAGAAAAAGAAGCUCCUAUUGAUGAAACACAGGAAAGAGACAUCAUCUGUUCAAUUAGUGAGACUGAAAGGAGGGUUAAUAAUGUCCUGGACGAACUACUAUCUGAUAAAUGCGAGAGCUUAGAUGGGAAUGGAGCAUUAUCCUUCUUGCAAGAGCAUUUGCAGAUAAAACCCAUUGAUUUAGAUAAAUUAUGUCUUCCUGAUUUUCCUGAUGUUGGAAAGAUUGACAUUAAGCAUGUUAAAGAAAAGUUAGUAAAGCCUCCUAAAGUCUCGUCAGUUGUGCAAAAUAUCUUGAAAAGCAUCAGUGACAAAACACCUCAGAAAGAUAAUAAAGCAGUACCAGAAAGCCCCAGUAGCUCUAUAGCUUCUCCCACUCCGCCAAAAAAUCCAUUUGCUUCAAUAUAUUUGUUGAAGAAAAGCAUCUUGAAAUCAAGAGAGAAGUCCCAUGUAUCAGAUGUGAGCAACUCUGAUAAAAUGGAGUCAACUACGAAUGUACAUGUUGAUGACAGGAGUCCAGCAGAGAUUAUACCAUAUGAUUCAAUUGAUCUUUCUAAUAAGUGCUCUGAGAUGGAGGAUACUGACUAUGUCAGAAGAGCUGCUAACGAUACUGAUAUUCUGAUGACAUCCAAUGAGAUGCAGAAAAAUGUAGGAGAUAUGCCACAAGAGGAAGAUAAACCAGUAUCAGGAAGCCCCAGGAGUACUAUAGCUUCUCCCUCUCCGCCAAAAAAUCCAUUUGCUCCACUAUUUGUAUUGAAGAGAAGCACCUCGAAAUCAAGGAAGAAGUCCCAUGAUGCAUUAAUGUCUUUAGAUCCAUUCCCUUCUAGAGAAUUUUCUGACGCUGAACAUUUUGAUCAAACGAUGAUCGACUCUGAUAACACGGAGUCAACUACAAAUGAACAUGUUGAAAUUACUGUUGUUGACAAGAGUCCAACAGAGAUUAUAGCAUGUGAUUCCAUUCAUCUUUCUAACAAGUGCGUAGAGAUGGAGGAUACUGACCAUUUCAGAGGAGCUGCUAAUGAUAAUGUUAUUCUGAUGACACCUAAUGAGAUGCAGGAAAAUGCUGGAGAGGUGCAACAAGUGGCAUUGGUUCAGUGUCAACAUGAUACGGAUGUUACUAAGGGCACGCCUAUGAUAAACACCAGUGAUCAGACAGAAGUACAAAAUAAAGUUCAGGAAAUUGUUGAGGACCAGUCACAUGAUGCCAUACUUGACGCCAAUAUUGAAUUCCCAGCAUCAGGAACUUCAAAGAGAAGUAAAGCUCAGCUAGGUCAAUCAAGUUCUGUUGCAGUGUCUCUCCAUGCAACUGGUGAACCCUCUAAAAGUCCAGUUAAGGUAUCAGUACAAGAGAACAAGCAACAGGAACCUUCAUUAGAUUCUCGAAGAAAUUCUAAAAAGCCAGCAAAUGGUGUUCGCCAAAGGAAAAAACUUUCUCAUAGGCAAAGUUUAGCAGACGCUGGUACAUCUUGGACAUCUGGAGUAAGGAGAAGCAGCAGAAUCAAGAUGAGGCCCCUGGAAUACUGGAAGGGAGAAAGGUUUCUCUAUGGACGUGUGCAUGAAAGUCUAACAACUGUAAUCGGGGUUAAGUAUAUGUCUCCAACAAAAGGGGAGGGUAAGGAAACCUUGAAGGUCAAGCCUUUCAAAGAUGAGUACAGUAAACUUGUUGAAUUUGCAGCUCUUCAUUGAGAAUGAAGUACUGCUGCCAUUCUCAUGUGGAUUUAUUCGAGGUAAACAGAAUUUUCCUCACGGGUAAUUAAUUUGCUUCCAAUUGCCCGUGUUUAUUUUGUAUUAGUUAAUCAAGGAAAUAUCAUAAACCGUGAAAACCGUGUUCUCUUUUGUGUAUUCUUGUUAGUUUUUAACUGAAGGUUAUAUUUUUUUAGAGU